AUGUUCCACUUCUCCAGUUCUCAGUCCAAGAGCUUCUCGCUUCAGAUCCUUCAGGUGGCCAUUGUCCUGGUUGCCUUGGGUCUGGCUCAUGGGGACUACGACUACUACUACGGUGAUCUCGCCUAUCCGGGAACUGAACUGGACUAUGUCUUCACGGAUUCCAACUACAAUGCCGUCUGCCCGCCCGGAGGAUAUCCUGUCUGUGGUUCCGAUGGAUACAAGUACUAUCCUUUCAGCAGCAAGUGCCAAUUCGACAGCCACAACUUGAAUAGGCUUUUUGGAGGCAAGAGGGAACUGAUUCUUACGGAACAGGGCUACUGCUCCUCGUACUCCUCUGCUGGUCAGAGUCCUGCCUACUAUCCCAAGGCCCAGGCUCCUGUCCAGUCCUAUGCUGGCCCAGUGCAGUACGCAGCCUCCUCCCCCGCCGGUCAGAACUCGUACGCCUAUGCUGCUGCCAGCGGUCCCUACGGUGCUCGGGCUUCGGCUGAGGCUCCUGGUCCGUAUCCUGUUGCUCCUCCCUCCUAUUCGAUCUCUUACUCCCAUUCCCCCGCUUCCUAUCCACCAGCUGCCCCUGCCAUAUCUUAUGCUGCUCCGGCCAGGCCUUCUCCUGGCUACUCCAAGGCCAUUCCGGCCUAUGCCGCCGUCUACAGUUACGGGCAGUCGUAUGCUGCCACCACCCAGGCACCCUCCACAGGCUCCACUGCGGCUUCUAGCAGCACCACCUCGACGGCCACCACCAAGUACCCCACUUACCCCACCCUCUAUCCCACUAGCACUGUGGCAACAACCACUGGUGCUUCAACCACUGUUGCCUCAACCACUGCUGCGCCAACCACUGUUGCCUCAACUACUGCUGCUACAACUACUGCGGCUACAACCACUGCUGCUACAACUACUGCGGCUACAACCACUGCUGCCACUACUACUGCUGCCACUACUACUGCUGCCACAACCACUGCUGCCACAACCACUGCUGCCACUACUACUGCGGCAACUACUACUGCUGCCACAACCACUGCUGCAACUACGACUGCUGCAACAACUACUGCUGCAACAACUACUGCUGCAACAACUACUGCUGCAACAACUACUGCUGCAACUACGACUGCUGCUACAACCACUGCUGCCACAACCACCGCUGCCACAACCACUGCUGCCACCACCACACCAGCACCCGCAGUUGGUUAA